UUAUGAGACGAGGAAGUUCAGGCCCGGCCGCGCAGACAGCCUUGCGGCCCCAGGCUGGUAAAGAACAAAAGAUCCAAACAGAAUUACCAAAAAGCAGACCAAGACCGUAUGGGUUAGUGAUUCCAAUCAGUACCAAUGCAGACGGAAGCUAUAUCUCCAAUAUCCUCUCUGCAAGUCAUCAAAGAAGAUCAACACGGGAGGUAUCCCAAAGCCCCAAACAACUGUAUUUUAAUGUCACUGCUUUUGGAAAGGAAUUCCAUCUCAGGCUGAAACCCAACACUCGUUUGGUGGCUCCCGAGGCAGUAGUGGAGUGGUACGAAGACUCUGUGGAAACUGGAAAUGGAAAUGACGCUGGCAACACAAGUCAGACUAGAACUGCUACAGAGAGGUUAUGGAAGAGAGAGCCCCUGUGGACCAACUGUGCUUAUGUUGGAGACAUAACUGACAUCCCUGGAGCUUCUGUUGCUAUUAGCAAUUGUGAUGGUCUGGCUGGAAUGAUCAGAACUGAUAAGGAUGAAUACUUCAUUGAGCCUUUGGAAAGAGGAAAGCAAAUGGAUGAGGAAAAGGGAAGAAUUCACAUGGUGUACAAGAGAUCAGCUGUGGUGCAACAUCCCGCUGACAUGCUUCCCGAUGUCCAUAGAGAAGAGUCUCUUCUUGGGGGCCUCGAGGACCUGAGUUCCCUGUACAGCAGCGUAGAGCAGCAACUGAACGAAACCCUGAGGCGGCGCAGGCACGCAGGAGACGACGACUACAACAUUGAGGUGCUCCUAGGUGUGGAUGACUCUGUCGUCCGAUUCCACGGCAAAGAACAUGUGCAAAACUACCUCCUCACCCUCAUGAACAUAGUGAAUGAAAUUUACCACGAUGAAUCCCUCGGUGUUCACAUAAAUGUCGUGCUGGUCCGAAUGAUCAUGUUAGGGUAUGCAAAGUCCAUUAGCUUGAUUGAAAGGGGGAAUCCCUCAAGAAGCCUGGAGAACGUUUGCCGCUGGGCAUAUCAGCAGCAGAAGUUGGAUCCCAGUCACUCUGAGCACCACGAUCACGCCAUCUUCUUAACCAGGCAAGAUUUUGGGCCUGCUGGUAUGCAAGGGUAUGCUCCUGUCACUGGCAUGUGUCAUCCAGUCCGAAGCUGUACACUCAACCAUGAGGAUGGGUUUUCAUCAGCCUUUGUUGUUGCUCAUGAAACUGGCCAUGUGUUGGGAAUGGAGCAUGAUGGGCAAGGGAACAGAUGUGGCGAUGAGACAGCAAUGGGGAGUGUUAUGGCUCCCUUGGUGCAGGCUGCCUUUCAUCGUUACCACUGGUCCAGGUGCAGCGGCCAAGAACUCAAGAGAUACAUACACUCUUAUGACUGUCUUCUUGACGACCCUUUUGAACACGAUUGGCCUAAGCUUCCUGACCUGCCAGGCAUCAACUAUUCCAUGGACGAGCAGUGCCGCUUUGAUUUUGGUGUCGGCUAUAAAAUGUGCACAGCGUUCCGCACCUUUGACCCAUGCAAGCAGCUGUGGUGUAGCCAUCCAGAUAACCCCUAUUUCUGUAAGACUAAGAAAGGGCCUCCACUUGAUGGGACCGAGUGUGCCCCUGGAAAAUGGUGCUAUAAAGGCCACUGCAUGUGGAAGAACGCUAACCAGCUGAAACAGGAUGGCAACUGGGGACCCUGGACCAAAUUUGGCUCCUGCUCACGAUCCUGUGGAACUGGAGUUCGCUUCCGAACACGCCAGUGCAACAAUCCAAUGCCAAUUAACGGAGGUGAAGAUUGUGCUGGGGUCAACUUCGAGUUUCAGCUUUGCAAUACAGAAGAGUGUCCAAAGCACUUUGAGGACUUCCGAGCGCAACAGUGUCAGCAGCGCAAUUCUCACUUGGAGUAUCAGAACAGCAAACACCACUGGCUGCCCUAUGAACACCCUGACUCUAAUAAGAGAUGUCACCUGUACUGCCAGUCCAAAGAAACAGGAGAUGUUGCUUAUAUGAAGCAGCUGGCUCAUGAUGGGACUCGCUGUUCCUAUAAAGAUCCAUACAGCAUUUGUGUUCGUGGAGAAUGUGUGAAAGUGGGUUGUGACAAGGAGAUUGGUUCCAAUAAGCUUGAAGAUAAAUGUGGUGUCUGUGGUGGAGAUAACUCUCAUUGCCGAACUGUGAAGGGAACCUUUACCCGGACUCCCAAGAAGCUUGGGUACCUUAAGAUGUUUGAUAUCCCUCCUGGUGCUCGACAUGUGUUUAUCCAAGAAGACGAGGCUUCUCCUCACUUUCUUGCAAUUAAGAACCAGGCUACAGGACACUAUAUUCUGAACGGAAAAGGGGAGGAAGCCAGAUCCCGAUCUUUUAUCGACCUGGGCGUGGAGUGGGAAUACAACAUAGAAGAUGACAUAGAAACUCUCCACACGGACGGACCCUUGCACGACGCAGUGGUUGUGCUGAUCAUUCCUCGGGAGAACGACACGAGAUCUAGUCUGACUUACAAAUACAUCAUUCACGAGGAUUCAGUACCAACUAUCAACAGCAACAACGUCCUACAGGAGGAAAUAGAUACUUUUGAGUGGGCGCUAAAGAGUUGGUCCCAGUGCUCCAAACCCUGCGGUGGAGGAUUCCAGUAUACCAAAUAUGGGUGCCGCCGGAAAAGUGAUAACAAAAUGGUUCAUCGCAGCUUCUGUGAAGCCAGCAAAAAGCCAAAGCCCAUUCGGAGAAUGUGCAAUCUUCAAGAAUGCACACAGCCUCUCUGGGUAGCAGAUGAGUGGGAAUACUGCACAAAAACCUGUGGGAAUUCUGGCUACCAGCUCCGCACUGUGCGUUGCAUUCAGCCCCUUCAUGAUGGUGCAAACCGCUCUGUGCAUUUCAAGUACUGUAGUGGAGAUCGCCCUGAGAGCCGCAGGCCGUGCAACCGAGUACCGUGCCCUGCGCAGUGGAAAGCUGGACCCUGGUCUGAGUGUUCUGUGACCUGCGGGGAAGGAACCGAGACCCGGCAGAUCAUAUGCCGUGCUGGUGACCGGUGUGAUGGAGAAAAGCCAGAAUCAGUGAGGGGUUGUAAACUCACUCCUUGCAACGAUGAGCCCUGUAUGGGAGACAAAUCUAUCUUCUGUCAAAUGGAAGUGCUUGCACGUUACUGUUCCAUCCCUGGCUACAAGAAGUUGUGCUGCGAGUCCUGCGGCAAGCGCAGCAGCACCCUCCCACCGCCCUUCCUUACGGAAGCUGCUGAAACUGAAGAGGAAGUGAUGUUUGAUCAAAGCCGUCUGCCUAGGGCUUUGGCGAUGCCGACAUCUUCAGUGCCCCACUACGCUGGGCUCCUGCCUGGGAGAAGUUCUCUGGGCAGGCUUCCCUUUGCAGAGGAGGAGGCAGCUGCGCCCACCUCCCUGUCAAACACCGAGCCCAAGGGUGCUGAGUUUCCGCAAGGGAGAGCUCGUCCGGCAAGCAAGACUUCUAGGCUGUUUGCAUUGCCUCACCAGCCGCCUGCCAACAGCAGCAGUCUCAGUGCUCGUCAAGGCCAGGCUUUGGCAGCAGCUGUUCCUGUGGGGCCAACUAGGAACACUGCAGCAGGUGCUCUUUCUCCCUCGAGAACCUCAAGGCAGAGUGAGAAGCAUGGAGACAAGAGAUGGCCUUCGAGGUCUUCCAGUGUGGAAAGAGGAACAUGAAUGCCACAGGGAGGAGAGUAACGGAAAGAGGGUCUGUUGGGCUUUGAUUUCUUUACUUCUGGACACUAUGGUGCAUGCUGCUUUCCCCAAGCAGGAAAGGUCAUUCUCCUUGUAAAUAACAAAGAACAAGAAGUGCUGGUUCACUUUAGAGUUGCUCCCGUCCUCCUCCCACCCGUGGUUAUCUGGUUACUUGGAAUGCAUUGGAGGAAAGCACCAAAGAAUAGUCCUAACAGUGAGCAAAACUUGCUGAGGGCGUCAGUCAAGCUCUAGUAGGGAAAAGCGGCCUUCACCUCAGCACUCACCUCAUGGUUUUUAUUUUCAGACGCUCACGUGUCGAAAAUACCCCACCACAAGAGGUACCAGACGUUUACAACUUUACAGAAUACUUUUGCAAUGGAACAACGGAAUCCAUAAGACUUGUUUUGCUAAUUUAUCUCUAGAAACGGAUAUUGUAUGAGCAAAUUUGCAGCUGUUGUGUACAUACUGUAUAUUGCAGAAGAUCAGUAUUAUUUUUAAGAGUUUUGUGCUGUCAGACAACUGUUUACCUAGGUUACAUUUCUGUACAAUUGCUAGGUGCCUGCCAUUGAGUACUGCCUUAUUUACAUUCCAUGAGUUGAUUUUUAAAGCAGCAUUAGCAUAAAAGGAGGAGUUCCAUUUUCCUAGGAAUUACAUCUGCUGACACUAGGAAAGGGUUUUUUAAAUAUCGACCAUGUGAUGCUUUCUUCUGGAGUAGGGCAAAAAAGUGUAAACUGAAAGACACAAGUCUACGUGUUGCCCACUGAGAGGAGGUGUAGAGAUUUUAGCGUAAUGCCGGGCACAGGUUGGAAAAAUGGUUUCUUGUGCCUGUGCAAUGAACAGCGACACCCACGGCCUCAACUUAGCAGGCAUUGCUUCCGUUCUGGAGUAGCAGUGCCAUCCCUUAAGUCUCCUUUUGCCUAAGAGGUCAGACGAGUGUAGGAAACCAUGUAUAUACUGUAAGUACUGUAAUGUCCACAAGACAAAAAUGAGUUGUGUUUUCCAGAUGAUGCUUGUUCUUUCUGAAGCUGAAAAAGCAUCACAGAGGUAGAAUAGGCACUAACAAGAAAUAGCUGUGGCAAGACUUAAAAUAGAUUGUUUUUUUUUUUCUUUUUCCUACUGGAAGCAUUGAUUUAAAGGUGGGAGAGAUAUUUAUUUUUCAGCAUGGUUCACCUCAAAAUCUCCACAACCACAAUGCAUCUGACUGCAAUCAUGUACCAGGAAUGUAUGUCACUAGCCAUCUUGUUCACAGUCUACCCAAUCCCACUCUCUCCUGGGUGUUGCUGUAAAGUACUUGUAUAUAGGACUGAGAACUAAAGAUAUUUAUUAAAAGUGGAAUUCUUGAUAGUAUUUUAUGUACUAAAUAUUUACACUAAGGGCAGUUGACUAUUCUUUUUGCCAAGAUAAAAGAGAGAGAUGUAAUUAGAUACCUGUACAUGCUAUGGCAUAUGGAUAGAACAGAAAUUUAAGCUAACUAAACUACUGUAGAGAAAUUGUUGAUCAUCAUCUUUUAAAAAAAAAAAAAUCCGAGGACAAUUUUUUCUUACAGGCAUCUCUAAGUUCUAUAUAGCUUAUUAAAGUUUCAUGUGCAAUUUUUGCUUCCCCAUACAAAAAUCCUCGUGAUUGACCCAUUUAAAAGAGCAGUGCAUAUAUAGCACUGAAAUACUGCCAAAUAAAUUAGGACUCCAUGGAUUAAAAUCUAGAAAGAAACAGACGUAGUGAUUAUGCAGGAUCACCAGAAUUAAAUCGGGAUGAGUUGUUUUGUCAGGAGACCUUUAAUGGAAAUGAGAACAUAGGUAGAUUAAUCCUGUUCGGGGGAGUAUAGGGUCAUGCUAUGCAGGACACAUCUUGCAUUGCCAUGGGCAUAAGCUAACCCACUAAAGCAUUGACUCGACACCUCGAAGGACCUGCUGCUCCCUUUCUGCAAGGCUUCUGAGGGUCAAAGAAAUUAGUGUUCAGUAGAUUGUACAGCCAUUCCCUGAGCCUCAAACAGACAACGAGGGUGUGUUGGUUACUUUGAAGUUCCCCAAGGUCAAAUUGUCUUUCUCUCUGUCUUUAUCUUCUACAUACGUACAAUAUGGGUGUAGAUAAUCCUUGUACCUUUUUGCUUUCUUGUCUACCAAGCUAAUUUCUCUUUCAUAAAAGUGUACACUACUGAUCCUGUUUGUUGUAUUGGGGAGCACGUAGCAAUAAAAACUUUCACC